AUGCUCUGCCAACAUGCUGCCCUCGGGCCGGCCUUGAAAUCUAUAUGACUGUUCCGUCCGCUUGUAUCCGGAAGCACCUUGUUAUUCUUCCUUCACCCUCCAACCAACUGCCGUAACCCAACCCUCAGGUCCUUGGGUGUCAGCCUAUUCCCGCGCUGCCUGUAGAGUUGCACCUGGCAAAUCCCUUCGAAGAGACACCGGAAAGAUGGAGACAACACAUGAGCCCGCCGACCCUAUUGUCAAAGGGGUAAUGGCGACUGCGAAGCAAUCAUGGCGCGACCUGUUCGUCUUCAAACAGCGUGUGGUCGUAACCAACUCGCUUGGCGAGACGACCACGGAAUGGGCGCGCCCUGUCCCGCUCCGCAAUCCCAUCAGCCUGCUUGCCCAGCUCUCGGCGCGAGACUGGCUUUUCUUCCUCGUCGGGUUUGCAGCAUGGACUGCCGACGCGUUCGACUUCCACGCCCUCUCGAUCCAGCAGGUCAAGCUGUCCGAGUACUAUGGGGUUUCCAAGACGGAAGUUUCCACGGCCAUCACCCUGACGCUGCUGCUGAGAUCUGUCGGCGCCGCCUUUUUCGGUCUGGCUGGUGACAGGUGGGGGCGCAAAUGGCCCAUGGUGGUCAACAUGAUUGUGUUGGGCGCCCUGCAGAUCGCGACAAUUUACAGCACAACAUUUUCAGAGUUCCUAGCAGUGCGGUCCUUGUUCGGCCUCUUCAUGGGCGGAGUCUACGGCAACGCCAUUGCCAUGGCGCUCGAGAACAGCCCCGUUGAUGCUAGAGGUCUCAUGUCCGGCAUUCUGCAGCAGGGAUAUGCCUUCGGCUACGUCUGCGCCGCGUGUGCGAACCUGGGCGUCGGAGGCGGCGACAACAGUUGGAAGACGGUUUUCUGGAUCGCCGCCGGCCUUUCCAUCGGGGUUGGUAUCGUCCGUUGCUUCUUCCCCGAGUCGAAGCAGUUCCUGGAGGCCCGCAAGGCUGGCAAGGCCCAGGCCACCCCGUCGGCCUUGUGGGCGGAAACCAAGAUGAUGCUCGCCCAGGAGUGGAAGAUGUGGAUUUACUGUGUCAUCCUCAUGACGUGGUUCAACUUUUACAGCCAUACCUCGCAAGACAGCUACACGACCUUCAUGCUCACGCAGAAAGAACUCGACAACUCGGGCGCUAGUCGCGCGAGCAUCCUCAUGAAGGUCGGUGCCUGCGUCGGCGGCACCAUCCUGGGCUACACCUCGCAGUGGUUCGGCCGGCGUCGCACCAUCAUCGUGGCCGCCAUCAUGAGCGGCUUCAUCAUCCCCGCCUGGAUCCUGCCUGAGGGCGAGCGUGGCCUUUCUGUCUCUGGCUUUUUCCUCCAGUUCUUCGUGCAGGGCGCGUGGGGUGUCAUCCCCAUCCACCUGAACGAGUUGGCCCCGCCGGCGUACCGCUCCUCCUUUCCCGGGCUCACCUACCAGCUUGGCAACAUGAUCUCGUCACCGUCGACGCAGAUCGUCAGCGCCAUCGCCGAGAGCCACUUCGUGACGAGCAGGUCGGGCAAGCGCGUCGACGCGUACGGUCCAACUAUGGGAAUCGCUACGGCUAUCAUUGCGACCGGCAUCGUCAUCACGACGGCGUUCGGCCCGGAGAAGCGUGGGCGGGAGUUCGAGAAGACGUUGCCGGCGGGUAUGAACGUUGUGCGAGAGAGCGGUAAGGACGUUGACUGCAAUGACGACUUGGAGAGGGGAGAGAAGGGCCAGGCCGGAGAGGUGGAGGAUGUUGUUCAUCCGUCACUAGAGAGGAAGUGACUUGGGGACUGUACGUACCUGCAGUAAAUCGUGAUGUGCCGAGGUGGGUGUUGCUAUCUCGGCAUCUGCCCUCAGCUCUGCCAAUGCAAGGCAGGCCUUCUCGUUCCCAUUAACCUGUUUUGAUGCGCCCCGCGGCAAAGCAUCUCUGCGCCAGCUCCC